AAAACAAAAGAGAAAAGCUUGUUGAAUUCUAGCCUUCACUUGUUUGUUUGUACUGCCCAUAGCAGACUGUUCGACGUUUUAUACACACAUACUCUUCACUCCAUAUUCCCACUUCACAAGUCACAACCCCCUAUCUCUUUGCUUUUUCGCUUUCGCUCUCAUGGAGGAUCAGAAGCAGCCCCCAGACCAAGUUGUGGUGGUGAUAGACCAGCCCAAAGCGCCUCCAACCACUCUCCGGCGCCUCAACUACCCUAAACCCAAAGCCCGGUUCGCCGAGACCAACUACCCGAUCCCACCAAAGUCUGAAGAGCUCGAACCCUUAAACCCCUACGAGGACUCAUCGUCGGAUGACGAUGAUGAGUGGUUUGAUGAUGUAGACAAGGAAGACCAAGAAGAUGGCAAGUAUCUCGAGCAAGCUAGGAAGAGGAGGAGGAUCAACCGAAGAGCCUUGAUCGAGUGGGUGCUGUUCUGCACGAUCAUGACCGGUUUGAUUUGCUCUCUCACCCUCAAGUCUCUGAAGGAUGAGGUGAAAUGGGGGUUGAAGAUAUGGAAAUGGUGCCUCAUGGUGAUGCUGCUUUUCUGCGGCCGCCUAGUCUCCGGUUGGGUGGUGGGGUUCCUGGUCUUCAUCAUCGAGCGCAACUUCAUGCUCCGAGAAAAGGUUCUGUAUUUCGUCUAUGGCCUCCGGAAGAGCUUCCAGAACUGCGUGUGGCUGGGCCUGGUGUUGCUGGCGUGGAUGAUCAUGUUCCCCAACGUCCACAAGCACAACAAGGUCUUACAGAAGGCCUUCAGGGCACUGGUGGCGGUGCUGAUCGCGGCCACCAUCUGGCUCCUAAAGAUCGUAAUGGUCAAGGUGCUGGCCUCCUCCUUCCACGUCGCGACCUUCUUUGAUCGGAUGAAGGAGAGCGUGUUCCACCACUUCGUGCUGGAGGCGCUCUCGGGUCCGCCGCUGGACGAGGAGGAGCGGGAUAGGCCGAAGCGGCGGGUGCUGAUGGCGUCCCAGUCAUUGCCGGCGAAGCUGAGGGAUGGGCCGCCGAAGACGCUAAGCAAGGCAAAGUCGUCGAGGAAAAUUGACAUGAAGAAGCUGAGGAGGCUGAGCAGAAGGGCGUCGGCGUGGAGCGUGAAGCGGCUGGUGAGCUACGUGAGGUCGUCGGGGCUGUCGACGAUAUCGAGGACGGUGGAUGAUUUUGGGAAGGCGGAGUCGGAGAUCACCAGCGAAUGGGAAGCCAGAACAUCCGCUCAAAGGAUAUUCAAGAAUGUGGCCAAGCCUCAUGCCAAAUUCAUAGAAGAGGAAGACCUACUGAGAUUCUUAACGAGUGAUGAGGUUUGCACCAUAUUACCUCUUUUUGAAGGGGCUGUUGAGACCUCAAGGAUCACCAAGUCUUCUUUCAGAAAUUGGGUGGUACAAGCAUACGUAGAGAGGAAAUCUUUAGCUCAUUCUCUGAAUGAUACAAAGACUGCAGUCCACCAACUUCACAAGAUAGCGAGUGCAAUUGUGAUAGUAGUAAUAGUAGUGGUAUCUCUUCUGGUAAUGGGGCUGGCAACCAGCAAAAUCAUACUUGUGGUUACUUCCCAGCUGCUACUCGCCGGUUUUGUCUUCCAAAACAGUUGCAAAACCGUCUUCGAAUCCAUCAUUUUCGUCUUUGUCAUGCAUCCAUUCGACGUUGGUGAUCGUUGUGUUAUCGAUGGUGUUCAGAUGAUUGUAGAAGAGAUGAACAUUUUGUCGACGGUGUUUCUCCGAUUUGAUAGUGAGAAGAUAUAUUUUCCCAACUCGGUUCUUCUCACCAAGCCCAUUAGCAAUUUCAGAAGAAGUCCCGACAUGGCUGAUAUGAUUGAUUUCGUCAUUGAUUUCUCCACUCCUUUGGACACCAUUAAUAAUCUUAAGAAGGCUAUACAAACGUACAUUGAGGGCAAGCCAAAGUAUUGGAACCAGAAGCACACAGUGAUAGUGAAGGAGAUUGAAAACAUGAACAAGCUGAAGAUGUGUUUGUGUGUUACGCAUACGAUGAACCAUCAAAAUUUCGGUGAAAAGAAUCUGCGAAAAACAGAGCUCCUUUUCGAGUUGAAGAGGAUUUUUGAGAGCCUUGGCAUCAAGUACCAUUUGCUUCCUCAAGAGGUUCAUCUCACUCAAGUUAACAUGCCUAUGCAAGCUUAGAUUGCCUUUGGUGGGGUGAUUGAGGAAGUGUUUUUUAAGCCUUUCUAAUAUUUGAAAAAUGAAAUUUUUAAGUGUUAAAAAUGUUAGAAACACUUUCUAAAAUCACUUCUAUACGCAUUCUUAAUAUAUGGGUAUAUGGGUAUAUGAGAAUUUUUCCAAUGUGUAUUAGUUGGUGCAUGUUUAAUUGGUUAUGGCCAAGCUUCUAUGGUUUUUCUUCCUUUUUGGACGGAAAUUAAAAGGGUAGAUAUACAAGGGAACUUAGAGCUGAAAGUGUAGCAUGAUCCUCCCCUCUCUAUGUAUCAUGUUCAAAGUAUUUUUCCUUU